AUGUCGUCCGGCAUCACCGAGACCGAGACGGUCCUCACCCUCGACAACAUCAACCCACACGUGCGCGCCGCCAAGUAUGCGGUCCGCGGCGAGCUGGCCGUCAGGUCGGAGCAGUACCGCGCAAAGCUGGCCAGGGGCGAGGGCAAGGACCUGCCCUUCGACACCGUCAUCGCCGCCAACAUCGGCAACCCCCAGCAGCUGGACCAGAAGCCCAUCACCUUCUUCCGCCAGGUCGCCUCGCUGCUGGAGAACCCGCUGCUGCUCGAGCACGAGCACGUGCUGACGGGCCCCCUGGGCUACCCCAACGACGUCAUCCAGCGCGCCCGGAAGCUGCUGAGCGAGGUCAACAGCGUCGGCGCCUACUCGCAGUCCCAGGGCGCCCCCGGCAUCCGCCGCUCCGUCGCCGAGUACAUUGAGCGCCGCGACGGCUACCCCUCGUCCGUCGACAACGUCUACCUCAGCAACGGCGCCUCGUCCGGCGUCAACACGCUGCUGCACGUCAUCUGCGCUUCCCCCGAGACGGGCGUCAUGGUCCCCAUCCCCCAGUACCCCCUGUACACGGCCACCCUGUCCGUCCUCGACGCCCGCUGCGUCCCCUACUACCUCGACGAGGCCGCCAACUGGGGCACCAGCAUGGCCGCCAUCCAGCAGAGCUACGACAAGGCCAAGAGCGAGGGCACCGACAUCAAGGCCAUCUGCAUCAUCAACCCGGGCAACCCCACCGGCGCUUCGCUCCCCGCCGAGGACAUCCACUCCGUCCUCAAGUUCGCCGCCAAGAACAAGCUCGUCGUCAUCGCAGACGAAGUCUACCAGACCAACGUCUUCAUCGGCGAGUUCAUCUCCUUCAAAAAGGCCCUGCGCGACCUGCAGAACGCCUCGCCUGGCGAGUACGACCACAUCGAGCUGGCCUCGCUGCACUCGGUCAGCAAGGGCAUGGUCGGCGAGUGCGGCCACCGCGGCGGCUACUUCGAGCUCGUCGGCUUCCACCCAGACGUCGCGGCCGAGAUCUACAAGUUCAUCUCCAUCCAGCUGUGUCCGCCAGUGCUGGGCCAGUGCAUCGUCGAGAUGAUGGUCAACCCGCCCAAGGAGGGCGAGCCAAGCUACGCGCUGUACAAGCAGGAGUACGACGGCAUUUUCGCCGGCCUGAAGAAGCGCGCCUACGCCCUGUACGAGGCGUUUAAGAAGAUGGAGGGUGUCCAAGUCGGCGAGCCGCAGGGCUCAAUGUACCUCUUCCCGACCAUCACGCUCCCAGAGCGCGCCAUCGCCCAGGCGAAGAAGGAAGGCUGCGCCCCCGACGAAUUCUACUGCUUCCGCAUGCUCGACGCCACGGGCGUCUGCACCGUCGCCGGCACCGGCUUCGGGCAGAAGGAGGGCACCUUCCACUUCCGCACCACCUUCCUCGCCCCGGGGACCGACUGGACCGAGAGGCUGGUCAAGUUCCACGAGGCGUUCAUGAAGGAGUUCAAGUGA